AUGCUACGGCGCAGCCACAAGAAGUCGCGCGGCGGUUGCCUCCCAUGCAAGCAACGCCAUGUCAAGUGUGAUGAAGGACGUCCAGGGUGCCUCCUCUGCGCCAUGUCAGAUCGCGAAUGCACAUAUGCAAUGCCCCAGACUUCACCGCAGCCUGUCGUGUCCAACCGCAGGGCCCUCGAGUCGGAGAUCAACAUCGAUGAUAUGGAGCUCCUGGUUCACUUGACCGUUGCCGGCGAUGAGAUCUUCAGUCUCCGCCUUGGGGACAAGGCAUUCACCAACCCUGCCACCAUGUCUCUCGCGCUGAAGCUAGGGCUUAAGUUCCUAUAUCCUCUUUCCUAA